AUGGUUAGAUGGCUUCAGCGUGGCUCGAUGUUCGUUGUCUCGUUUCAGCAGUUCCUGAAGUUGGUGGGAGGAGGCGAGGAUUGGUCAACCGGGGAUCUGCUGGAUCUGGGAGCCGGGGACGGUGAGGUGACGGCCCUUCUGGCACCCGCCUUCCGGACGGUCUAUGUCACAGAAGUUUCUAAUACUAUGCAAACACUCCUUCAGCGACGAGGCUUCCAUUUGUUGGGCAUCGACGAAUGGAACGUGGGCCGUAAGUACGACGUAAUCUCGUGCUUGAACUUAUUGGAUAGAUGCGAUAAACCACUGGAACUGCUCAACCAGGUGCACGCAUCUCUGAAACCUAACGGUAUGGUAUUAUUAGCUGUCGUCUUGCCAUUUUCGCCGUACGUCGAAUCAGCUGCAGAUCACGAGCCCACUGAACGUUUGAACAUAAGAGGCCAGACCUUCGAAGAUCAGGUCGUACACUUAGUCGACAACGUGCUGAGACCUGUGGGCUUCGAGGUAAUCUCGUGGAGCAGAGUUCCUUAUUUAUGCGAGGGCGACCUGAGGCAGUCCUAUUACUGGCUCGAUGAAUCUAUCUUUGUGCUCAAAGCGGUCUAAAACUCACAAAAUUAGCAGGAAACCAUAUUCGAAGCAAACAUAUACAAAUAUAUAGAGCCUUGUGAUUACUGCCUAUAUACACUACCAUACAUAUGACCCCAUCUAUUUCGUAUUGAUUCUAAAUCUCUACUACAUAUAAAAUAUAUACAAACCUUUCUUAACAUUUAAAAAAAAAUUAACAAAACAGUAUUUAAUCCCAAAUAUUAAAACAAUAAUUAUAACCAAAUUUACAUAUAACAGGUAUUAUUUAGUUUAAUUGUUUGUAAGAGUUAGUGGUGAAAAUAAAAGCAAGUAUACAUGUGA